GCCGGUCGAGCCGAGCCGCCGGCCGGCGCCGCGCUCUCGGCCGUCGUCGGCAGGCUGGUCAACAUCCUCACGAUGACCGACUCCAGGCACAUGGAGUCUGGCGCGCUGCUGGCUCUGCGCACCCUCAUGGAGAGGCUCCCGGCCACGGCCUACCCGGAGGCCUGGCAGGUGGACCACAAACGGUACCGUCGCGGUCUGUACCAGCUGUGCGUCUCCAUGGCAACGGCCACGCACCUGAUGCACGACCUGACGUCGCACGCCAACCUUCUGACGCUGGCGGCCAACCUGGCGGCCGGCAUCUGUGUGCACCAGCAGCGGGCGCGGCCCUCACAGAGCCGCGACGACCGGCUGCGCGCCAACUGGGACCUGCUGGAGCCGCUGGUGGCGCACCUGAUGCGCCUGCUCAACAUCUACACCCACUUGGCCGGCGACUGCACGCCCGUGACGCCGCCCAGCAGGUCCGGCCUGCCCGGCUUCCCGUCGGCCAGCGCGCUGUCCCCGAUCAAGCGGCGCGCCACUCCGGAGCGCGCCAAGGCGGGGGCGGCGCCGACGCCGGCGCCGGCCGCGGCCGCCGACAAGGCCGCUCCCCAGGAGCGGGAUGAGAAGGAAGCAGACAAGAAGGCCAGUCAGAGCGUGGGCUUCUUCAUGUCUUCCACCGAAUACCAGAAGCUGUACGCCAUGCUCAGGACGAUCUACGAGACAUACAAAAUCACGCUGAACACGCAGAGCUCAGCCCGGCUGCUGGGCGUGCUGGAGGCCAGCCUGACGGCGCUGGGCGUGCUGCUGGAGCUGGUCGGCACGGCCCAGGCGGCGCCACUGGCCGAGGAGCUGCUGGGCUAUCUCAGCGCGCUGAUCCGGCUGACUCCGGCCCGCUCCCUGCACUGCGUGCUGCAGCUGCUGCGGGCCAUGUUCGGCUCGGCGGAGGCGGGCGGGGAGUGCGCCCGCUGUCCGCCGACGCCGGCCUGCGCGGCAGACCUGGACGAGCCCAGUCUGUACCAGGCCUGCGUCAACGGACCCUACGUCGAGUUCACCGGCUUUGUGACCAGCACGCGCCGCCUCACCGCCGGCGACCUCGCGGCGCCGCCGCGGCCCGAGUACGACGGCCGCCGGCCGGGACAGGCGGCGCCGCGCGGCACCGACAAGCAGGCGUUGGCCUCUUACAUCCGCGUCUUCGAGCCGUCCGUCAUCAAGGCGCUCAAGCUGUACACGGUGACGAGUGAUCCGGACGUGCAGAACCAGGUGCUCUGGCUGCUGAUCCAGCUGGUGCAGCUGCGCGUCAACUACUGCCUGCUGGACGCCGACCAGAUCUUUAUCGGCUACGUCAUCAAGCAGCUGGAAUACGUGGAGGAGGGCCAGAUGAAGGAGGGCAGCCAGGUGAUCCCGGCCAUCUUCAGCUUCCUGGUGGUGCUCUCCUACGAGCGCUACCACUCCAAGACGGUGGUGUCGAUCCCGAAGGUGAUCCAGCUCUGCGACGGCCUGGUGGCCAGCGGACAGUCGCCUGAGGCGUACGCGCUACCAGCCCUGCGACCCAUCGUGGAGGACCUGUUCGUGUCGACCCGACCGUCGGUGCAGGACGUCAAGGAGCUGGAGGCGCAGAAGGAGGUGCUGCUCAGCAUGCUGCUCCGACUCAUCCAGUACCCGGAGGUGCUGGAGCUGGUGGCGCUGGCCGUCUAUGUAUGA